UAUACGAGUAUACGUACUCGUACCUCUACCUCUAAGCCAAUGUCAACAAGGUCUACAACAAACAGCAAUCUUCUUGUCUGCUUGUGCCGGACGACAAGUUUGAUACUCGCAAGUCUGAACAUCAUACAAGGAAAAGACUUAACGAAACACGAGGUGGUUUGUUGCGGUCAAGCGUUUCUUUUUUUUGUCCGCUUAUUUUUACGUCUACCUAUAUACGUAGAAGAAACAAUUUUUCGGCAGUCGUUGUACAAAAUACCAAUUCGAUGUUUUUGAUGGAAAUUUCAUUAAAUCGUAUUACGGUACGUACCUAACUAAUUAAAAAAAAAAAAAAAAAAAAAAAGUCGAGCAAUGAUUUACGAUCCGCAGUAUUAUUGAUACACCGCAUUCGAUUGUUUAAAAAAAAAAAGCCGGUUUCCUACAUAUUUAGUGCGAUUUUAUUUUUAUUUUUCGUUAUAAUUUCUUAAUUGGUAGGAAUCGUUUUUUUAAUUGAUCUCAUUUAUUAUAAAAUAUCGUACGUGUGGAAGUGAAGUGUCAGUGAUCGGUCGCGUCGUUUUCAGUUAGUGCCACAUUGUUGUCAGUAUUUGACAUUUUUUCAUUUCCUUUUCUCUCGAGAGCGAGUUUGAAGAAAAAAAUGGUUUUUCAUGACAGUCCAUUCGACAUUCUUGUAAACAAUUCGAGCUUCGAGCACAGUGGAAGAUUUUUUCAAGGUUGCCAAAAACACAAAUCAGUACCGAUCCGAUACCGAACGAUAAAUUUUCCCCGCGGAGAGAGACACUAAAUUAUAACGAACACGAACUGCAGCGCAAAUUAGCCGAAUAGCGACGAAUUUCUCAUCCAAAAUAUAUGUACUAACCUUAUACGUAGGCUUUGCAACUCGACGAAGAUGGCCGGUAAAUUAGAAUUCAUUAACCGAGGUGUUGUCCCUGAAGAAGAAAAUCUAUUCCUUUUAGCCAGUAAGGAAGUCGAUAAAUGGUUUUUAAUGGAGAGUCCGUGGCCGGUGUUAUCGAUAGUUCUAUCGUAUCUAUUAUUUGUGAUAAAAGUUGGUCCGGAAGUGAUGAAAAAUCGAAAACCAUUCAACAUUAAAACUAUCAUGUUGAUUUAUAACUUAUACCAAACUAUUUCCAACGCUUAUAUCGUGUCAUUGCUAUUUGUUACUAAAGGCGCUAUAAAUUAUAUAUGGAAGCACGGGUGUCAUCCUAUGGAUCCUGCCAUCAACCCGUUUUGGCCAGCGCUCAAUUACGCCGCGUGGUUCUACUUUUUUUCCAAAGUUAUGGAUUUACUGGAUACAGCAUUUUUUAUUUUAAGAAAAAAACAAUCGCACGUAACUUUCCUGCACGUGUAUCACCACGCUAAUAUGGUCGUAAGCACGUGGGCUUACCUGAAAUACAUCAAAGGUGAGCAAGGUGUCAUAGUCGGAGUGAUAAAUUCAUCAGUUCACGUGGUCAUGUACGGAUACUACUUUUUAUCUGCUCUCGGACCAGAAAUGCAGAAAUACCUAUGGUGGAAGAGAUACAUCACAAGAAUGCAAAUGGUACAAUUCGUAAUCAUCAUCGUGUACAUGGCUACUUUACUAGUAGCCAGCUGUCAAGUACCCAGAGCACUCUCCUUUUUCAUAAUCUUACAAGGAACUACUUUCUUCGUGUUAUUCGCCAAUUUCUACGUUCAAACGUACAUCGUCAAAGGCAAAAGCAAAAGCAAAAGCAAACCUGCAACAGUGGUAGCAAAUGGCAACGCAGGUAUCCACGUUUCUCCGGUUGAUAAAGUCAAAUAAUCCUGGGAAUUAUUUUUGAAAAAAAAAAAAAAAUAGGUACCUAAUAGGUAAUAAUGAAAAAAAAAACAAACAAAAAAUAGGUACCUGUAUUUUUGUAUUUGCGCGUACCUACGAGUAUACUUGAAAAAUGAAACCAAGUAGGUACGUCUACGUAGGUACGCCAUUUCUCAUUUGUAUUUGUUUUGCGGUUAAAAUUACAAAUAUAACGCGAGAAUGUGACGAUAAGCUGCCAUAAAAAAGAAAAAUUAUUUCUGUUUAGGUAUAUACAUUUACGAGUAUCUACUGAAUAAGUAUAAAACUAUACUUACUGUACUUUCGCGGACUGUGUUUGUGUUACGUUAACCUUUCUUUAAAAUAGUGAUAAUUUGUUCGCUUUAUUUCCUAGAAUAAUACAUAUCGUAUGUAUAACAAUAAGUAAUGUGUUUGAACUAAGUAUACGUAUUUGUAUUUUGUGUUGCGUAUACGAGCAUGUACGUAUACGACAUACGUACUUAGUUGAUUAGUGAAUUGAAUCUCAUUUAUAUGAUGCGAAUAAGUUACCAAAUUUCUUUUCACGAUUGACGUAUUAUUUUUAAUGUGUAAGAGGUGUAGAUGAUAUUUUUUUUGAAAAAAUGUAUCUCGAUUUUACUUUUGGCUCGGUAAGUAAAUGAGGAGGCGGAUAGCAAAACGCAAUAACUCCAUUUUUGUUUUUUUUUUGGGAAAUUAGGAAAAAUUGUCAGGAGGGGAAGGGUGGGGGGUCGAGUUCCGAAAUUGGUGUCAAACGAAAGGGGAAGGUGCCACAAAUAAAAUUUCCACUCAAUUUCAAAAUUUCGGUCACCUGGGUAAGCACAGUGAGGAAAACAAAAAAAAUUUAUCGCGUUUUGAACGCAAAAUUUUUUUUUGGUGUUUUUCUGCAAAAAAACGUAUUUUUUAUUUGAAAAAAUUGAAAAAUUAUAGAAAAAAACUUACGUUUAAUCGAGAAUUUUCGAUAAAAAACAAUUAAAAAACUGGAAUGUGAAAUUCAAACAAUUCCUGCGUGUGAUAUGGCAUUCAGAGAGUGGCAACGAAAGCACCAUUUUUUUAAGUAACUCCUACCCAACGAUUUUCGGUACCCACCCGAUGAAAAAAAAACAGUGUUACCACAUCUGCGCAACUGAAAUGUAUAAAAAGUAGCGGAGUUAUCGCGUUUUGCAAACAAAAUCUCAUUUUUUUAAUGCACUUAGCUCUAAAAUCAGACUUGUUUUCCUCGAUUGCGCUAUGAUAUUCAACUGAUGGACAAAAUCUGACACCGGGAAUGGAUUCCCCGUUGAAUUUUACAUAAGGAUAGAUAUCAAACUCAAUUUUCGUAAUUUUGGAGUUAUUGCGUUUUGCUAUCCACCUCCUCAAAUGAUAAGUUUACUUAAGAGCUAGGUAAUUAGCGUUGAAUUUUCAAAGUUAAACUAAGUAGGUAGUUGUAUUUUCGAUUCGAGUGUAUUCGAGUGUAUUCGAGUGUGCAUAUAAUUACGAAUACUUACCAACGGAUAAAGUAUAACAAAUUUGCAUUACCUACCUACCUACUACCUUUUCUAUUUACUACAACAAAGAAUAUUCGCGAUUAAUUAGCACGUUUAUCGAAUUAAAUACUGUCGUAUAAUGAUUAAGUAAUCUUUCCUAUUGAUUACCUACCUUUUCCUUUCAAGUAGGUAAGGUAUUAGGCAUAAAAAUCUUGUUGUUGUUGUUUUUUGUUUUUUGUUUUUUUUUUCAAGUAGGUAUGUAGGUAGGUAUUUCGUCGUAAAUGCAUCGAUGCAAAAAAUAAUGCUCCAGAGUCGAAUAUCUCGCUUUACGUGAAACUGAAGGCGAAAAAGCGUUUGUACUCGUAUUCGGCGAUAUGGUGUUCCAUGACUCGGCUUUGAAACGAUUCCACGCAAUUUUUUUUACUUAAAUUGAUUUUUUUAGCGUACUUAUUAUUUAUUUCAACUUACCUAUUUUCAAAUCGCGCUAAUUAUUUCGAGGGUAGUCUGUGUUAUAAAUUUUGUACGGAAUAAUUAUUUGUAAUACCUAGUACCUACAUAUGUAUUUAUACUCGUAGUUACAAUUAGAAAUAAAUUUUAUACCGAAAACUA